AUGGAUGAGGUACCCGUGUACCGUUCUGAGUCGGAGGAGGAAGAAGAGGGAGCUGGUCCAUCGGUACAGGCGAAGAAGAAUCGUCGUAACAAAAGUUGGGUGUUGAUCAAACGGUGCUAUAAUGUACAAGAAGCAGAGAAAUUUGUGAGUAAUGAAAAGACUUGGUCAAGAAAUUAUACUCGGGACAGUGAUGAAGGCCAAAAACGUUUCUAUCGUUGUAACAAGGUAAAAUCCAAGGGGCCACAGUGUGAUUGUGCGUUGUAUUUAUUGUUUGUGAACGAUUGUAAUGAUAUUCUUAUUUUUAAGACCACUUCAGAGCACAACCAUGACCAGAUUGGUACGCGAAGUGAGUACGGAAUUCCGGAAAACGUUAAAAGAGAAAUAAAUAAGCUGUUUGAUUUACGCCUAAAGCCUAAAGCUAUAUUAGAGGCUCUAAACAAUAUGACAGGGAUAAAGGCGCCUUCGAAACGGCAACUUAACAACUACUUAUAUGACAGAAGCCGCGAGAAGUUCGGAAGAGCUGCAAUUUACUUAGGUGAACUUGAAAAAUGGACUAUUCCCGAUGAUGAAAAUGAAGUUUUCGUGUUCAGCUAUCACGUGAUAGAAGUGGAAGAACCAAGUUUUCGUCUGGCAUUGUCAACUAAAAAAUUACUCAACAUAGUUUGUUCCACGGACAUACUGCACAUAGACGCCACAUACAAACUCAUAUGGCAAGGGUUCCCCGUUUUAGUUCUUGGUACCACUGAUAAGAACCGCAAGUUCCAUCCGCUUUGUCUUGGUGUGUCCACGAAUGAACGUCAAGAAGAUUUUCAAAUGAUUUUUGAUGGCCUUAAAGAAAAGGUUCUGUCUUUAUUUGAUCACGUGAUGCAACCUAAAGUUUUAGUUUGUGACGCUGCUCAGAGUAUAAGAAAUGCUUUCAUCGCAGUUUUUGGUACCACACCAGUUAUUCGUAUGUGCUGGGCUCACGCGAAGAAAAAUAUGCACCAAAAAGUUCAGAAAACCGUCAACAAUAAAACAAAACAGAAAGAAAUCGUACAAGACAUAGACGCACUACAUAAUGCUACAUCAUAUGAAGUAUUUAAUGCUGCAUCACAGGCUUUUGUUGAAAAAUGGCAGACUCAAACCGAGUUUAUUCACUAUUUUAAAGAAGAAUGGUUAAAAAAACAUCCAAAUUGGUUCUUAGGCGCAGCGCCGUGUUCACCCGCCACAAAUAAUGCAUUAGAAGCAUUCAAUCGGAACAUAAAAGACCAAAACACCUUACGUGAACGUCUUCCACUUUCACAUUUCUUGACCAUUGCCACUGAGAUGAUUGCUCAGUGGUCUUUACAAAGCUGCAAAGAACCUUUACCUGAAACACCUACUAUUGAGCUGAAGGAUUGGACCGAUGGGUAUUGCUGGGCAAGGAAAGAUUUAAGAAUAAAGAUUUUAUCAUCCAAUACGGCAUACACUGAAUACUUGAUCCCAAGUAGUAGCCAAGUAGGAGAGGUAUCGUACGGUGAGCAGUGGUUAAACUUUGAAGAUUACAAGAUGAAACAUUUUGCUUUCUGGAAAGUCACAGUGCCUAAAAAUGAAACACAAAAUGUAGAAUGGAGAAAAGGAUCCUGCACUUGCCCACAGUUUCAUAAAAAAUACGUUUGUAAACACCUUCUAGGGCUCGCUAUUAGAUUGAAGCUCGCGACUCCACCUAUGGAAGCGAAAGCACUACCUAUAGGACAAAAAAGGAAACGGGGUCGUCUUACUAAAUCCAGACCAGCUCUUAUAAUACAAUGA